ACUCAUUCUGAUAAUUUUCGAAAAUGAUGGAAAGUGAGUUUGAAGACAAUAUUUGGACUGAAAAGCACCGCCCUGCUACUUUUAAAGACCUGGCAUACAACCAAAAGUAUACAAAGGCUAUUAAGAGACUUAUUAAUUCCCAAGAUUUUCCACAUUUGUUGCUCUACGGACCUCCUGGAGCAGGUAAGAGAACUUUUACACGAUGAAUUUUGAACGAAAUUUUUGUACUCUAUAGCAACUACCAUAUUGAGCUAUCUCCUACAAACAAUGAUUCUCAUGACAGGAUCAUGGUGAAUAACAUGAUAAAGGAGACAGCAGAAUCACAACCUCUGAAAAGAGAGAAAACCAAAGGCAAAGAUUUUAAAAUAGUGGUCAUUCACGAUUUAAAUCUCCUCUCAAGAUCUGCUCAGGCAGGCCUGAGGAGAACGAUGGAGAAGUACAUGAGCGAAUGCAGGAUCAUUUUUCAAUGUGAAAGUCUAUCCAGAGUUAUAGAUCCUCUCAAAUCGAGAUGAGCCCUUGUCAGAGUCCCUGCUCCAACCUAUGACACUGUUGCUGAAAGAAUGAAAGAUAUAGCCAAAAUGGAGAAUUUGAGUAUCAGCACUAAAACCAUAGAUAUGAUUGCCAGGAGGAGCAAGCGGAAUAUGAGGAAAGCAAUAAUGCUACUGCAAAUCUACUCUGUAAAUUUCACUUCAAUAUCAGACAUAGGGAAGGCGCUUUCACUGGGUUAUGAACAAAUUAUCUCAGAAAUUUUAAAGGAUCUAAUCAGUGAGCAAUCUGCUACGAGAGUUAAAGUUAUUCGCAACAAAUUCUACCAACUAAUUUCAAAAGGGAUCUCCACUGAGUGCAUUUUUGUAAAUCUGAUAAGAUUCUUAAUGCAAAGCGAUUCUCUUGACUCUAACGUAAGAUAUGAGAUCACAAAAUUAGCUUGAGAGUACGAUUUCAGAUCCAAAUUAGGAGCACGAUCAAUAUUCCACCUUGAAGGGUUCAUCUGCCAAGCUAUGGUAGUUAUCAAAAAGAGCAAGAUUCAGUCAGGAUAUGGAGUUUAGAUCACAUAAUCUAAUU